AUGUCGGCCUACUUGCUUGCUUCCUUGUGUGUGUCAGCAUGUGGUAGGGGCAUACCAGUUCGGCAGACGGCAGUUCCUGGGAUAGAUGCUCUCGACUGCUGGUGCCUGGUGAACAAGAAGAGAAGGUGCUCGGCUCCUGCCGUCCUGCGUGCUACGGCCCUGUGGACAGUGCCCUGCCCUGUUCCCCACAACGCCACGAUGAACGCCGGCACGCCGCGAUGCCAAUGCUGCUGCGGGCAGGCCCUAGGUGUCCAGGCGGGCAGCCGCCCAGUGGCCAACGCCAAGACCCGCCUCCGACGGCCAAGGGGCAAGGACGCAAGGGCCAACUGUGGAGCGCGGAGCCGCGGGUAG